AUGGCUCCGGAAGAUGGUCUGCAGGAUCCGUUCCGCUACCACUACCACGUUGUUCAACUACCGACCUGUGCUGUGCUGCUGGUUGUACGCACAUACAUAAAUUUCAUGCUGAUCAUGACCUUGAAUUCUGCUAAAAAUGCUCCGCGGGCCGAUUCGGGUGGGAAUCAACCACAACCUCAAGGUCUGAAUCCAACGCCCGCACUUGUUAGAUAUUUUUACACAAGUAUUAGUCAGAACUUCAUAACUGAGGAUCUUUGCACACCACACUAUAGUCGGCUCAGCUACGGAUACGGAGUGCCUGCUGCACAAUGCAACGACAACGGGGCAAGAUUUACCCUGGGGUUAGCAUGGGUUAUUAGCAGAAUGAGAAUCUUGGAUCAAGACUCAGAUAUGAGCCCUCUGUCGAAGAAAUACAGCGAGUAUAGUCCGCCAAUGAGGAAAUAGGAUGGCCAGAUUCGUAAACCGUCUGUUUUAAUUGCCCACAUAAGGGGCGAGGUUUCGAGCGGAACACGCCGACGAGAUAUGAAUAGAUACAGUAUGAGGCAUGGCGAGUUUCUUGUUCAACUCAUCGCGCCGAGAAUAAUCGCCUGCAGAAAACAAAACAGAGUUUUGUGUCAGAAACACUGAAACCUGUAUAGUAAGAGAAACUCAGUCAUGUUUCCGGUUGUCUAUUAAAACUGUCGGACCGGGUAUAUCGAUAUUUUCGAGUUGCAAGAGUGAAAGG